GAUUUUGUUCCUUCAGGUAAACUGUUGAACUGCAAUAACAUGGAGAUAAAAACAGAACCCAAAUCAGAGGAAGAUCAAACUGAUGAAGAUGAUGACUUUAUACCCUCAGUCGAAAAGAAAUUAAGGUUUUUGAUGAAAACAUUCCAGGAUUUUUCUCCAUAUAGUGGACUUCAACACUGACUCGGUACUUCCGCCUACGUCAAGCGUGACCUUUUCAACGUAAUUACGUAUUACGUGAAGUCAUGAACGCACAUCGCAGAACAGAGCAAGAUGAGAGCGGUGAUUCAUGUUGUGAUGGAGAAACGGCCUCGACAUCAAAACAGCGACUGACAGCACAAACUCUUUCCUGCAUCACAGUGGAACAUUUAGAGGGACAUGAGAGGAGGCACACAGAACAGAAAGUCUUACAAGAGCAGCGACAUCAUUCAGAAAAGCACAGAGACCAGAAACACUUUCACUGUCAGCAGUGUGGGAAGAGUUUUCUCUGCUCUUCUCGUCUGAACGCUCACAUGAGGACACACACUGGAGAAAAACCUUUCCACUGCAGUGAAUGUGGCAAAUAUUUCAGCUUCAAACAAAGUCUAGUUGCUCAUCAGAGAAUUCACACGGGAGAAAAACCUUUCCACUGCAGUGAAUGUGACAAAUAUUUCAGCAUCAAACAAAGUCUAGUUGCUCAUCAGAGAAUUCACACAGGGGGAAAACCGCACGCGUGUCCUCACUGUGAGUGGAGAUUCAACAACAAAUACAAUCUGAAGAGACACAUGUGUGUACACACCGAUGAGAGACCGUAUCAGUGCAGUGAAUGUGGACAAACCUUUAAGCAGUUAAAUUAUCUACAGGACCACAUAAGAAGUCACUCUGAGGAGAAGCUGUAUCAGUGUUCACACUGUGAUAAACACUUCAAUCAUAAAACCAGUCUGAUACGUCAUGAGAGAACUCACACUGGAGAGAAGCCUUAUCACUGCAGUGUUUGUGGAAAGAGUUUCACUCAACAAGCUAACUUACUAAUGCAUCAGAGAACUCAUACAGGAGAAAAACACUAUAAAUGUUCUCAGUGUGACAAGACGUUUGCUCGAUCAGAUGGCCUGAGGAUCCAUGAGAGAGUUCACACUGGAGAGAAACCUUAUCACUGCUCCAUCUGUGGAGAGAGAUUCACUUAUUCAAGAAGUUUACAGACUCAUCAGAAGAAACAUGCUGAAGAACAAACUGCACUGGAAUCAUCAUAGCGUCUCAAUCUGUUAAAAGUCUGAGUGCUCGCUGCCAGUGUUGAGGUCAAUAUCACUUUAAAAGGGACAGUUCACACUGAAAUCAAAAUUCUGUCAUCAGUUAUUCUCCUCAUGUGUUUGUAAACCUGUAUGUGAGUCUUGCUUCAGUGGAACACAACAGAAGGUAUUUUGAGAAAUGUCUCAGUGGUUUUGUGUUCAAUCAGUGGAAGUCAGUGGAGUUCAGUGUUGUUUGAUUAUCAACGUUCUUCAAAAUAUCUUCUGUUGUGUUCCGAAAAAGUAAGUCAUACAGGUUUGUGAAGUGGAUUGAGAAAAAUCCUAAAUGCUCACAUCUGUUUAAACGUGUAUGAUGUUGAUUCUAGACUUUAUAACGGAUGUAAAGCACCAGUUAGCAGAGUCCAGUCACUAGCAGUGGGAAGUGGGAAGUCAUCAUCACCCUCAUAAAACAGAAUAAACUUGAGGCUUUGUCUCAGAUGUGUCCAUGUCAUGGUCAGUAAAGUGUCAUUAAUAGUUCAAGUACACGCUCAGGUAGACUUUUAUGUUAUUUUGAUGUCUAUUUCUUGUUUUGGCUGUACUUUACUCUUUAAUGUUUAUUGAUUUAUUGAGUUUGUAGGGCGUCUAUAAGUAAAUUGUUCUAGUUACUGAGAAAAGUAAUAUUAUUACUGUGACACGUUACUGCCCGACACUGGUUGACUGUGUUGUUAUAAUAAAAGGACUAUGUCUUAUUUUUUUCUAAAGGUUUGAAAUAAGCAACAAUAUGUAGUUUGUUAGAAGUCAUUCAGUAUAAUAAGAUCAGGAAACCAUUUUAAAAUCAUAUAAAAACUGAUGGUCAUUCAGCAGUCUUGGCACAGGCACAUAUGUGUUAAACUUUAUGAAUAUUAAUAUCUUAAAGCAUUUUUGUAUUUAUAUUUGAUAUUAAUUUUAGAUGCCCACAAACAGGGAGUUACCGCGAAUUACCAAAAAAAGUGUUGCAGAUUGCAAUUGUCAGAAUAAAAAACAUAUUUCUGGACAGUGAGUCCCCUCUACAAACUCGUGAGCUCCUGAGGGGAUCAUUUUCAUCUCCAUGCGGUGCCGGCGCGCCUGAAAAAAUAAUGUAGGCUGCCACGCACCUACAUUUAAAAUAACGAAUUUGCGCCUGCAAAAAACAUGAAAUGUGAACAGCCCCUAAUAAUAAUACUGUCCUUCCAACACUCAUCAAACAAAAUGUUAGGUAUUGAAAUCAGUAUAUCAAACAAAUGAUACUUUGAAGAAUGCACUUUGUAUGGUUUUCGAGCACAUUUGAGCACCUUGAACAACCAGUAAUGUCUGAGGCCUAAGGUUUUGAGGCCUAGAGUUUAAGGCUUUGAGGCCUAAAAGUGAACCAACCUUUGUUCAAAGCUUGCAUAAAUUCUGGGGACUUAACCACCGUUUAUGAGUAUCCAUGGUAAUGGUCUUGGUCCAGUUAUAUUGGUAAAAACAUGUUUUUCUGUAACAUUCGGAGACUGGUAUCAUUGAGAAAAAUAAGCGUAGGCUACCUAUUGUGUGUAAAUUUAUUUAAAAAACUAAAUUACGAUUGGUCCGCCACACUUAGGACCAUACCUUGUUGCUUAAGAAAUGAGGGUGGCAGACGAAAAAGGAUUGUCUAAAGAAAAUAAGAGAUAACAGGACCUUACCUGAUUGGUAAAGGGUGGAGAACGCCCUCUGAAUGUGGUGUAAACUGUUGAUGCAAAAUGCUGUAUCUUCAGAUGCUUUGUGGACAUCUCACUUUGUUGGCUCGAGCAAAUAAAGUUCAAUUCU